CACACCUGAGUGUGUGAAAUUUGUUGUCUGCAUUUGACCCAUCCCCUGAGGGAGCGGUGAGCAGCAGCGGUGCCGCGCUCGGGAAUCAUGUGGUGAUCUAACCUCUGAAUUCCAACCCGUGAUGUUGAGUAGGAGGUAAAACAAUAGCAAUAGCAAUAGCCUUUGGUAUGACCCAGCCAGGGAUUGAACCCACAACCUUCCACACUCAGAGCAGACACUCUACCACUAAGCCACUGAGCUGGUGUAACAUAACUCCUAUAUGCCUGUUACUGGACUGCCAGGAGCUCAAGUUGUUUCAGAUCACAUGACCCAAAGGAAACCGAAAGGAUGUUCAUUCAAAGCUGUGUGGCCUGAGACAAUGCGCAUCAGUAUCACACCAAACCGGCAUCAACAACCACACCCAGAGGAGCAUUCAUUGAGGUAAACCAUCACCACUUCCUUCCUCGGGCAGAACAGCUGAGCCAUGGGAAUGUUUUUCUCCAAAAAUGAACCCCCCCCACCUUCUCUCACCAUGGGAAACGAACCUGAUAAACCCCGCCCACCUUCUCCCACUUUUGAUGAACCAUGGAGGAAAAUACCAUGGGGUGACAAAGACAGAGACCUGCAGGUUGUGAAGGAUUAUCAGCCUCAUAACGAUGAGGUCCAACAGCUCAGAAUUCUGCUUUAUGGACCCUCUGGUUCUGGCAAGUCCAGCUUCAUCAACUCUGUUGACAGUGUUUCACAAGGCAGAAUCACUGGUCGGGCUUUGGUAGAUGCAAUCACUCACGACAGCUUCACCCAAAAAUACAAAAGUUACAAAAUCCAAAAAGGAGGACCAGGGACGUUUUACCCUUUUGCCUUCACUGACAUCAUGGGCCUUGAUAGGGAAACCAAUAAAGGAGCAAAUGUGGAAGACAUCAAACUGGCCAUGAUGGGACACAUUAAAGAUGGAUACACUUUCAAUCCUCUCUCUAAAAUAACGGAGGAUGAUAAUUACUACAACAGAGACCCCACUCUGAAAGACCAAGUUCAUGUUCUGGUUUAUGUCAUCUCUGCUGACACAUCAAACAUCCUGAGUGAUGAACAUGUGGUAAAGAUGAGGGAAGUCAGACUGGCAGCCAGAGACAUGGGAAUUCCCCAAGUGGCCAUUCUCACCAAAAUUGACAGAGCCUGUCCAGAGGUCAAAAAAGACAUAAAGAACGUGUAUAAGAGCAAGUACCUGAAGAAACAGAUGGAGGAACUGAGUGUGGUGCUGGGUAUUCCAGAGUACUCCAUCUUUCCUGUGAAGAACUACCACUCAGAGAUCGACACAGACGAUGACACUGAUACACUGAUACUGAGCGCACUGAGACGCAUCAUUAACUCAGGAGAAGACUUUGUCAACGACCAGUAGACCUCCAUACUGCUGACAAAUCUUACUUUACAGACAGACGUCACCUAAUCACAGCGAGAAAAAAGUCAGUCUGCAACAUAAAAUGCAUGCAUGUAAUACAAUAUCAGGCAUUUAAAAAUAUGUUUUAAGCUAUGAUUUAAAAACAGGUAAUGUGCUAGCCAGCCUAAUCCCCUCAGGCAGAGAAUUCCAGAGCUUCGGGGCCUUGAUGGCAAAGGCCCGGUCACCUUUAGUUACCAACCGCAAUCUAGGGACGACUAGUUAGGGCAGGCUCGAGGAUCUCAGGUCACGACUUGGAGCACAGGUAGUCAGAAGCUCAGCUGUAUAACUCAGCACUCAUGCUGAGCUUUAAAAGUUAAUAAAAUGAUCUUAAAAUCAGUUCUGAAGUUAACAGGCGUUAACGUUGGGGUGAUAUGUGACGUAUGAUUUGUCCUAGUUAAAAUACGAGCUGCAGCGUUCUGCACUAGUUGAAGCUGAGCUACUGAAGAUUUCCUGAGGCAUGUAAACAGUGAGUUCCAGUAGUCGCGAGAAAAUACAAAAGCAUGAAUACGCUUUUGUAGGUCAGGAAAAGACAGUUGAUUUUGAUGAUAUUUCGUAGGUGAAAGUGGCAGGAUUCAAUGAGAUUAUUGACAUGUGGUUCAAAGUUCAGUUGAGAAUGAAAAGUGUAGCCUAAAUCUCUUGCCGUAGAUUUUAUAUUAGUUGCCAGAGCACAAAUAAAGAGUUGUAAUAUCCUUGGUGAUUGAAGCCAAAGAUUCUUACUUCUGUCCAUUAAAGUGCUCAGACAGCUGACAUUAUCUGGCUUAAAGGACAGCUAGCACAACCUAAUACAUAUAGUCUCUGCUAUUGGUCAGUCUUACCUUGCUGAAUAAAGUAUUACUAAGCUGUGUCAUACUCACUAUGCAUUUCAGUUUUUUGCAUCAUCUAUGCUAGUAUGUUUUGUUGUUAUAGUUGGUCAUUUUUGGUGUUGUAGUCUCUCAGUAAUGAUGAAUCCAGUGAUUAGCAGAUCAGAGGACAUGUGUAGGUUAAACCUGGGCUAAAUUGGUUCAAAGGUGUAACGAUUUAAGACUACUGAUUAUGAAUGCUGUUCUUAUGUGUAUGUUGUUCCAACAGUAUGUCUAUGUCUGAAACUGCUUGAUAAUGACACAUUGUGUUACAGUACUGCUGCUCAGCUGAAACCACAAUAAAUGACAUUA